AUGUUGAACCGAGUCGCUCUUAGAUCGGCUACCAGCCUUCCAAAAAGACAAGUAUCAAAAUCAGUCUAUUCACCCCGAACAUUUAUCACCAGCGCAUCCAUCAUGGCUGAACAAAAAUACAGACAAGAAAAAGACACUUUUGGUCCUUUACAAGUGCCUGCUGAUAGAUACUGGGGAGCUCAAACCCAGAGAAGUUUGAUGAAUUUUGAUAUUGGUGGUCCCACCGAACGAAUGCCUCCACCACUCAUCAAAGCUUUCGGUGUACUCAAGAAAGCCGCUGCUCAUGUCAACCAGACAUAUGGUCUUCCAGCUGAGAUUGCUGAAAACAUCUCCAAAGCAGCUGAUGAAGUUAUCUCUGGAAAAUUGAUCGAAGAAUUCCCUUUGGUGGUCUUCCAAACUGGUUCAGGUACUCAAACCAACAUGAACGUCAAUGAAGUCAUUUCAAACAGAGCUAUUGAACUUAUGGGAGGUGAACUUGGAAGUAAGAAGCCCGUACACCCAAAUGAUCACGUCAACAUGUCUCAAUCGUCCAACGAUACCUUCCCUACUGCUAUGCACGUUGCUGCCGUUGUCGAAAUCAACGAAUCCCUCAUCCCUGCUCUAAAAGAACUUCACGAUGCCCUUGAGGAGAAGAAAAAAUCUUUUGACCAUAUCAUCAAGAUCGGUCGAACCCAUUUACAAGAUGCUACUCCUUUAACCCUUGGUCAAGAAUUUAGUGGUUAUGUGGCUCAAGUCGCUAAAGGUAUUGGAAGAGUCGAAUCCACACUCGAAAACUUGAGUCAACUUGCUCAAGGUGGUACUGCCGUCGGAACCGGUCUCAAUACUAAAGCUGGAUUCGACGAGAAGGUAGCUGCUGAGAUCUCAAAGAUUACCGGACACAAAUUCAUCACUGCCCCCAACAAGUUUGAAGCCCUCGCCGCUCAUGAUGCUAUCGUCGAGGCUUCCGGUGCUCUGAACACCGUCGCUGUAUCAUUGAUGAAGAUCGCCAAUGAUAUUCGAUACCUUGGAUCUGGACCUCGAUGUGGUCUUGGUGAGCUUGAAUUACCAGAGAAUGAACCUGGAUCUUCUAUCAUGCCUGGAAAAGUCAACCCAACUCAAUGUGAAGCACUCACAAUGGUAGCUGCUCAAGUCAUGGGAAACAACACUACGAUCUCAAUAGCAGGUUCAUAUGGUCAAUUCGAAUUAAACGUCUUCAAACCUGUUUUGAUCAAAAACCUCCUCCAAUCUAUUAGACUUUUGGCAGAUGGUUCAAGAAGUUUCACCAAGAACUGUGUCGUAGGUAUCAAAGCCAAUGAAGAGAAGAUCAAGAAGAUCAUGAAUGAAAGUUUGAUGCUUGCAACCUGUUUGAACUCUGUCCUUGGUUACGAUGAUGUCGCUGCUAUUGCUAAGAACGCACACAAGAAGGGUCUCACUCUCAAAGAAUCAGCUCUUGAAUCCGGUAAGAUUACUGCUGAACAAUUUGACGCCAAAGUGAGACCAGAACUUAUGUUGGGUCCUGAUGAAGUAUAA